GCCUCUGCUCCCGGGGGCUGCGGGAGAGGAGCAGGCCGCUCCCUGGCCCCGCCGCCCGCCUAAGGCUGCGCUGGCCGCCGCGCUUCCGGUCCCUCUUACGUCAUCGCGCCGCGUCGCAGACAGGGCCCGGCCGCCGUCAUGGUACAGCUCGGUAGCCGCCUCCUGAAAGGCUACCGCGGCGGGCACGUCGUGAUCCGCUUCGCCCUCGGAGGCUGCACCAACCGGCCCUUCUACCGCAUCGUGGCGGCGCACAGCAGGCGCGCCCGCGACGGGAAGUACCUGGAGCAGCUCGGUUGCCUCGACCCGCUGCCCAACGCCCACGGCGAGAGGGUGGCGGGGCUCAACCUGGAACGGCUGCGCCACUGGCUGGGCUGCGGCGCGCAGCUCUCCCGGCCCGCCGAGAAGCUCCUGGGUCUGGCGGGGUUCCUGCCGCUCCACCCCAUGACGGUUACCGGAGCCGAGAGGCUGCGGCGGCGGCGGCGAGCGCAGGAGGCCGUCGCGCCCCCUACGGACGGCUCGCCCGGCGACGCGCCCUGAAAGACGCCCCGGCCGCGGGGCUACCAGGCGGCCCAGGACGGCACCGGCCCGCCCCGAGGAUGCACCCCACCACCUCAGGGCAUUUGACCGCAUUAAAGUGUCCUUUGCACACUCUACACACUCUAUGCUGUGCGUGCGCUGUUCUGUCCAGACUCGGCUCCGAAAAGUUUACUAUUGCUGCCGAAUUAGGUGCGGCAAAUAAAAAAGGAGCUUUCCUACUAUAAUGCAGGUACAGCACCAUUCCAGUAGGCAUACGCGCCUUUUUCUAAAGGCACAGUAUUAGCUGUAGCACAUUGCUUUCUGCAGCAAUGACGUGACUACUGCCAGCUUCCGUUUGCCGUGCUCGUCAAGCGUUUUGACUCCUGGCUCUGAUUUACCGUAACGAGUCAGUCCGUCGGUCCGGGAGAGGCCUGCGCAGACAAAUGCAAAUGGCACUGCAGCUGCUUUUCUGUUUAGUUUCUCCAGAGAAGUUCUGGGUCCAUUUAUUCACAUACAAGCAGAAGGGAAAGACUUCUGUCUCGGGGAAAGAGGGAGCAGGGCUUGCAGUAAGCGACAGACGGGUCUUACUGCUUUGUCACGUAUUUGACCCUGUCCUUAGAAGCAAGAAACCCACUGAAGUCUCUCUCCUACCUUAGAUACGCCGCUUGCUUUUUGGGGUUUCCUUUGGCGUAGCUCUUACACGACUCUACAAAGGUCAGGCAAAGACAGGUUUCCAGUUUUGCGUCCCGAUAGGGCUUGUAGCGUAACCACUCCAACAGAGGAAGAAUAGACAAAAUGCUCAAAGAUAAAGGGGCGCGCUUGCUUUUAACAAAAUCACAAUACUGAGAACAGGCAGUUCUGCUUUCAGAUAAAAGAGUAGAUGAUUAAAAAACUGCUCUUAGAAGCAGAUGAGGCUGUGAAAGGUGGCAUUGCUUUUCUAAUACCUCCCCCUUCUUCCAUAUAUUUGAUAGGUUCAGAGUCCCAUUUUAUAUUAAAAAGUGGUGACUGUACUCUGGUACAGGGUUUCUAGGAAGUUCCUCUCAGGCUUACUCUAGAUUUCCUUGCUGCAAAGGUAAAGGUUUGCAUCUGCGCUGUUCUUCCCAUUGUAAUCUAAAGGUACCGCACAGCUUCCCCUUUCUGGAGCUUUCCGCUUUGAACACAAGAAGGUAGGUCCGUAAGGUUUCUUUUGAGCCAGUUUGGUGGAGGCCUGCCUUUAUUUUUUCCUGUUAAAAAAACACCCACUGCUUUGUUACUAAAUAAAGAAUCCCACAAUCAUACACGAGGCA